CUAUUUUUAUCUAUGCGACGAAGAUUUUGUUUUCUCUAUCUUCUAUAGAUCUUCGGAAAAAUUAUAGUAAACGCUGAUGCAUCUUAGGUUGUAAAUUGUUAUUACGUGCUAGCUAACUGAGCUGCCUGUGUUUGAAACGUUAUCACUUCGAUAAUGUUAUCAAUAUUACUUUCCGUUUGCAUGCUUUCCAAAUCCGACAAUUGACGAAACGGUGACGGAGUUAGACGAAAAGACGUUUUGAUCAUUCUCUGUUAGACUGCCAGUGCCACGUACGAGUGGAUCAAUACAAUCUCGUGUUUAUUAAUGCAAGUAUUUCAACGCCAAAUAAUUGAAAAAAUUGUGAUAUACAGUAUUCUCACUUUCUUAGUGCGGUAAUUAUCAAUUGUAGUUUUCGUGUUAAACGGCACAUUUCGGACAUGAGUGGUGUUUCGUGUAUGGGCCUAGUGUUGUCCCCCUCUUUUUCAUUCCGCUAGUUGAUAUCUGGGAACCAUAUUAGAAUAUCUCUGGCUGGCCAGACUGAAAUGGAGCACUGUUGAAAAUGCGCGACCCCGCCCCCUCCGAGCCGAACUCUACAUUUCCUACCUACCAAGUGCCUCAAGAAGCGUCAGCCAUGAGGGGCCGCGCAUCCCCAGUACAAGUCGCUCGGGUCUCUUGGGGGGGUCGAGCCGACCUCCCAAGUGCAGCCCCUCGCGUCCCACAGCCGGGCGCGCCUUCUUCUGUGAUAUCCGGCUCAAGCGGUUGCCCGCACGUAAAAAUCGGCAACUCCUAUUAUUAUUCUAAUUUUAGGAUGCAAUCUGUGACCGAAAAUUGUCUUCUGAUUAAUAAUUCUGUUACCGUACCAAAAAUACAACGUAACGACCGUUCGUCGGUCACACACAACAAUAAUAAUUAUAAUGUUAAUAAUAACGAUAAUGUAGGCGAUAGGGAUAAGCUAGGAUGUAAGUUUGGUGCUCUAGAACUCCUUGGACAAGACAUUCCCAACCAAAAGUCUGAUGACCUCGAAAACGACCUCACCGUUGAACUGAACCUCACUCAAGAUAAUACUACUAUAAAUGAUAAUGCUAAUACUAUUACUAAAGAUAGUCCUCCUAGUGAAGAACCUCAUAGCUCUUUGACUGCUAUUGAAACUGCAAGCGUUCAUAGCCGCGACAACGACAACUGCGAUAAUUAUUAUAAUCUCGAUAGGCUCAUACAGCUAAGUAAACGCACACGUAUUCUGGAACGUCAGGGCUUCAAAUUGGCCCUUGGACUUUACGGAGGGGGUGAGAGUUCUCUUAGUGCUGGAACUUCCGGAUGGGGAACUCCACCACAACAGGCCAGCAGCAACAAUUCAAACAAUUCAAGCGGCUGGGGUACAGCUAAUGCUGCCAAUCCGAAUCAAACAGGUACACAGCAAUGGGCAAAUGCCAAUAAUCGUCCACCUAAUGGACAAGGUCCCCCAAAUACCGACACCAACAAGUCGAAUUCGAAUAUGCAACAAAAUGGACAGCAGCCUCCACCGUCUUCUCAGCCCAACCAGUCGGCAUGGGGACAACCUGGAGGAAAUAAGCCUCCUAACGGCCCCCCAGUUUCGACGACCGCCAACAUUGCGCCGACUACUACGAAUAAUAAUGUUAACAAUACGACUUCAACGAAUACGACCAAGCAGCAAUUAGAGCAGCUGAAUAAUAUGCGAGAAGCUAUCUUUAGCCACGAUGGAUGGGGAGGCCAUAUUAAUCAAGAUACGACGUGGGAAAUUCCGGGAAGUCCGGAGCCUCCCAUAAAAUUGGAUGGUACGAACGCGCCUCCUUGGAAACCAACAGUCAACAAUGGGACAGAAUUAUGGGAAGCAAAUUUGCGUAAUGGUGGUCAACCACCUCCUCAACCCCAGCAAAAAACGCCUUGGGGCCACACACCAUUAACCAAUAUUGGCGGCACAUGGGGCGAAGAUGAUGAUGUCGCGGAUACCUCUAAUGUGUGGACGGGUGUUCCAUCAGGACAACAGCAAUGGGGAAAUACAGGAAACAGUGGAGGAGGAAUGUGGGGAGCCCCCAAGAAAGAGAAUGAUUGGGGUACUGCAGGUGGAGCCGGCUGGGGAGAUCCGCGUUCCGCCAAUCCCGGUCCUACGGGUAUGGAUCCGCGUGACAUGCGACCUGACUUGCGUGACAUGCGUAGCGGAAGCUCAGACCCAAUGCGUAUGUUGGAUCCUCGUGAACAGAUACGCGAUAUGCGCGGAGAUCCUAGAGGUAUUACCGGUCGUUUAAAUGGGGCAGGAGCAGAAGCAUUUUGGGGACAAACAGGGCCACAAACAAAUGCUCAUCAUAUGCACCAUCAAGCAAAAAUACCGAUGGGUCCCCAAGCUACUUCGGGUUGGGAGGAACCAUCCCCACCUACUCAAAGACGUACUGUGCCUAAUUACGAUGACGGGACGUCAUUGUGGGGUAAUCCGCAACAAGGGGCUAAUAUGAGUCGCGGUAGUGGUGUUGCUGGACCGCCGGGUAUGGCAGCACAGUCGCGUGUAAAACCAGAAGGGUCUUGGGGGGUACAUGGCAGAAAUGGCUCGUGGGAUGAGACCGGUCCAGGAUGGGGAGACGACGGUUCUGGACCGUGGAGCGCUAAACAGAAGCCCAUCACGGGACCAUUGUGGGACAAUGACAUCGAUUGGGGUCACAAACAAGCUAACAAGCAGUCACUUACGAAGGAAAUGAUCUGGAAUUCGAAACAGUUUCGAACACUGGUCGACAUGGGCUAUAAGAAAGAAGAUGCUGAGAGCGCGUUACGAAUACGUGAAAUGAAUAUGGACGAUGCUCUCGAUAUGUUAAGUACUCUUCGUAGUGCUGCCGGCAUGGAAAGCUGGAGAGGCCGCCACGAGGACCAUUACGAUCACCAAGCAACUGGUCCCUUCCCCGGACAACGUUUUCCUACCGGACCUACCGCUCAGAUGCCGUUCCCACCGGGCGGUAAUGCUCCAAACCUACUGAACAACAUGAACAAUCCACCGAGUGGUGCUAAUAAUAGUUCGUUAAUAAAUAAUAUGUCUCCGGCGAUCGUGCAAAAGAUGUUGGCUCAAAGCGGCGGGUCGCAAGGCUUUGCAGGUACCGGCGCUACGCCUCGCACUCUUCAGACUCAAUCGACUCCUACGCAACAGCAACUUAGGAUGCUUGUGCAACAAAUACAAAUGGCCGUGCAGGCCGGUUAUUUAAAUCAUCAGAUCUUAAAUCAGCCGCUGGCACCUCAGACACUGGUAUUUUUGAAUCAGUUACUUCAACAAAUAAAGACUCUUCAGCAGCUGCUUAAUCAGCAGUCUAUGGCGCAACAACAAACUUCAAUGGGAGGCGGAAAAGCCAGCAAUAUGCUAUUGCAAUGUUCCGUUUUGAUUACUAAAACUAAGCAACAAAUUGCUAAUUUGCAGAAUCAAAUCGCAGCUCAACAGGCAAUUUAUGUAAAACAGCAGCAACAACAAUUAACAGGAGGAGUACCUGGUGGUCCUUCUGAUCUCUACAAGACUAACGCUAUGCAUGACUCUAUAAACGCUUUACAAAAUAAUUUUGCAGAUCUCGGUAUUAAGGAUCCUCAAGUGAGUCAGCAACAAUCAAGACUGAAUCAGUGGAAACUGCCCGUUUUGGACAAAGAAGACCCUGGAGAAUUUAGUAGGGCUCCUGGUUCUUCUUCAAAACCUUUGACAGCCUCGCAUAGCUCUCCCAAUUUAAAUCCAUUGCCACUGGGUCUUACUCAACCUGAUGGCCCGUGGUCGAAUGGACGUACGGGUGACACCGGAGGUGGCUGGCCCGAAUCAAGUACAAACGAUAGCGUGGCCGCUGAUAACAAGGAUGGUCAGUGGCCUGCACCCUCUCAAACCUCUAUCACCGAUUUAGUACCUGAAUUUGAACCCGGAAAACCGUGGAAGGGUCCGCAAAUGAAAUCCAUUGAAGAUGAUCCAAGUAUAACUCCGGGAUCGGUGGUGCGUUCGCCUCUGUCGAUUCCAACAAUUAAGGAUCCAGAACUGUUCUCUAUGAAUUCAAGCAAAAAUUCGCCUCCAGGAGGAGAUGCUAUUCAACCUGUAGGUCUGAGUUCAUCCACUUGGAGCUUUAAUCCGCCGUCUUCGACCCCGAGUGCAUUUACUAGUCCUCAGAAUAAGUUGCCAGCUUCAAAAGGAGUUGUUGGUGAUUUGAACCCAUCGACAGCAGUAACUUCCGAACUGUGGGCAACGAAAUCACGCGGUCCACCUCCGGGAUUAGUGGUACCUAAGGGUUCGGCCCUUAAUGGUUGGACGGCAUAUCUUAGGUCCAAUGCUUGGAGUUUAGAAAGGGCCCCUGGAAGUUGGGGAUGUACUUCGCCGUGGUUACUCUUAAGAAACUUGACAGCACAAAUUGAUGGAUCCACCUUACGCACCUUAUGUAUGCAGCACGGUCCUCUACAAAACUUCCAGUUGUAUUUGCACCAAGGUUAUGCACUUGCUAAAUAUUCGUCACGCGAAGAGGCUGCGAAGGCGCAAACGGCACUGAAUAACUGCGUAUUGGGCAACACGACAAUUUUAGCCGAGAAUCCGAGCGAUUGGGAAGCGAAUACUCUGUUGCAACAGGCAGCUCCCCAACAAAGCGGCACUUCGGGCGGUUGGAGAAACCCCGGAAAACCGGCCUCAGAUACGUGGAGCAGUGGCUGGCCGAAUGCCGCAACUGCGACCAGCCUUUGGGGCUCCUCAACCCUGGACAGCGGCGAUCAUCAGGCCCGUGGCACACCAUCCAACUUAAAUUCGUUCCUGCCUGGUGAUCUUCUUGGUAGUGGUGAGUCAAUUUAAUUCACUUUUUUACGCGUCAACAAGAAAUGAAAGAGAACAAAAACAACAAAUCAAAAUCAUUUAUUAUCGAUGAUGUAAUAAUUCGAAUUUUAAAUUUAUAGCUCGUAAGGGUU